AUGGUAGUAGUGGGGGUAAUUGGGGGCGUGGCUAGCUCCAGGCGAGGGGCGGUGGGCAAGAGGGGAGAUACGAGUCAGUCACCUAGUAGAGUCGAGUUGGUUAAGAUGUAUUACCAACAGUAUAACAUGUACAAGCAGGGGUGGUACGGGUAUCAGCCUCAGCAGUACUUGAGUUGUAUGCACGAAGAGCAAGGAUGGCUUGUCCAGCAGCCUGGAGGUCAGCUGCAGGAGCAGCUCGUUCAACCUGGACCAGAGCUUUGGGAAGAACCGCACCCCCAGCAGACUCCAGCCAUCGAGCAGCAGCAGAACCGUGUUCCUCCUCCACGGAGCCCGUACGAGUGGAUGAAGAAGCCUUCCUACCAGACACAACCAACCCCGGGUAUGUACUUAAACUCUAAUCCCUACGUACUGAUAAAUGCUCUGAUAAGGGUCUUGAUCCACACCAUGUAG